UUUGCAGACAGGAGUGAUGACUAUUCAGCAAGAGAGACUCUCCAAAACAUCUAUCUGUCAUCGUUUUGCAUGUCAAAGAUCAAUACAGGAAGACAAAAGCUUUGAUAAGGUAGAAAAUGACAAGGAAGAGAAAGAGAGGCAAUAAAAGGAAGCCAUUGGCACAGAAGAAGGAGGCACAAAAAACAGAUGGCAGCACAUCUCCAUUCACAACACAGAAGGAGGGGGGCCAACAAAGUGAUGGGAGCACAUCAUCAUCCACAACACAGAAGGAGGGGGCUCAAAAAAGAGAUUGCAGCACAUCAUCGUCCACAACACUGAAGGAGAGGGCUCAAAAAAGAGAUGGCAGCAUAUCUUCUUCCAGAUCACAGAAAAAGGGGCCCCAAAAAAGAAAAGGUAGCACAUCUUCAUCCAGAACACAUUCACGGAGUCGAUCAAAAAGCAAGCAUAAUAGUCACCCAAGCCUGGCCAGAUCCAGAGCCCAUGGCCAGCACAUCAUAUGCACAACUGGGCCACUCAGAAAAGAGGCUCAAACUCAAACCAGCUCAAGUAUGUUGGUGGACAAAGACACUCAGACAGAGACUGUCAGUCAAGGGUCACAGCAAACACAAACAGAGAUCAAUGGCAAUGCAGAAACAGCAGAAGUGUCGCAACCUUCACAACUCAGUCAUGAAGAUAAUAAGAUGGAGAUGGAUACUUUGCAGCCAGGGACAAAAGGAAAUGAAAGUGAUGGGGAAAAUGAGGAAAGUGUAGAGAGGAAGAAACGAAAAGUGAGUGAAAUGAGGGAACCUGCAAAGGAGACAGAAGAAAGCACCAAACUGUCAAAUGAAAACAAAGUAAAAGGUGGAGAUAAUCAGAAAGGCAAAGACAAAAGUGUAAAUCAUUCAGAAGGAAAUUCACAAAAUGUUGAAAACCUAAAGAAAGAGCCAGAAGAGCCAAAAUCAUAUGCAGAAGCUGCUGCAACUGCAGCAACAGAAAGCACUGAACAAUCAAAGGAUCAGAAGAACCAGGCAGCAGUGGAUCAGGACAAUCGCAAAAGAAGAAAACCUUCCCCAGUGAGGGCCCCAGCCAAACAGCCAAUGUUUACUUUCUACAUUUAUGCUGUUCUGGACAAACAAUUCAGAUUUAACAAACAGCAUGACUCCCUGUUUCUCCUUAAUGGGAAUAAAUCCUUUGAACUACAAAUUACACAUUUUUGGGGCCUACAACAAGAAGGCUAUUUGAUUGAAGCAUCAUUUUCAGUUUGGGAAAGCAUUGAAAGGGGUGUUCCAAUACAAUAUUCAUAUGCAGUAAAGAAACAACAUAACUACAUUCCGGAAACCGCCUUAAGACAUGUUUACAUACCCCAUGACAUUACAGUAAAAGAAAUGCACCUAUAUGAAGGGUAUGUUUGUUCAAGUUCAAGACCUUUUAAAGAAAGGGUGAAGAACUGGUGGUUUCAGAAUGGUCAAAUAGAAAUGGGAAAACACUGGGAGACCUCUGCUCAUGUCCUGCUGGAAAGAAUGCUUCGAAAAUGGGGGCUAUUUAGUGAUGAACACAACAAGACACUUAUUGAACACCUAAUCCAUUACAAAUUAGGUUUUCACUCAGUCAUGGAACGUUUGAAAUUUCCAGGUCAUCCCUCCCCAUCUCAAAUUAAUGUCUCUGAACUAAUUGCUAAAAAACUGAGUUGGAUUUUACAAGAAUACUGUGGUGGGAAAAUUUCAGACAGCUCAUCUGGGGUCAGAUCAUUAGAAGUAGCCCUAUCAGUGUUCAAGGUGUGCUGUGGCUGUAGUGUCGAUCUCAGCACAAAGGACUGGGGCAAACUUUGCCAAGUUGUUUCUGAAUGCACAGCUUUUUUUGGAGAAAUUCAAUCAACCCAAACUGUCUCAGCUGACUUCACCUUGAUAGGACUGAUGAAUCAAUGUGCAAAGAAGCUAAUCUCAGAAGUGAUGUUACUUGUUCCUGCCCUUCAUGUAUUGAGAAAGCCAGCAACAAAGUCAGAUCCUGGCUCGGCUAUUAAUGAACACAGAUGGGCAGGGCUUGAAAAUGUACAAUUUACACACUUUAGGGAGAGAAUUCGUGGACUUCCAGAAAAAAGGAGGAUGGUCCUUCAGCUGAUCAAAGAUAACUUGUCACUGACCAAAGACAAGCCUUAUUUGUUGAAAAGCUGGCUUUCCAUGGUGGCAUUCGAGGAUGUGCCUGAGUUUUUCCAAUUGACUGGUUGCUUUCCUGAACUUCUGAUCCAAAGCCUGAUGUGCAGAAUCAUGGAGACAGAAAAAAACACUGAGGCCAGUCGCACAGAAAGAAACCUGGAGGUAACAGGAAAGGUCAUGAACCUCUUGUUGAAGAGCAUUGAGGAGGACAGAGAACGAAUCAUGAACACUAAGCCAUUGGAAUUAAUCCUUCAGUGUUGUUGUAAUGUUCACAAGAGCAUUUGCAAGACUGCUAGGCUUGUCCCACAAUACAAAGUCACAGUGCUUUCUUUCCAGCUUCUCCUUAAAAUGGCUGAAAUUGUUUAUGAUGAUUUUUCAAAGGGUGGAGAGCAAAUGAAACAACAUCAAAAUGAUCUUUUGUCCAAACUCAACAACAUUCAAGAGGAUUUCAGGAAAUGGAGAUUUGAGCUCUUCUUAAAACCUCUGAUGCAGACCUCUGGAUUUACUUACCCUCGAGAAAUGGAGCUGUGGAAUGAUUUGUAUGGGAUUGAGAGUUCAAUUCCUGGUGUCACUGAAAGAUGGAAGGGUUUAUUAGACCAGGACCUGAGGCGGAGGGUAUCCCAGAUUUCUGACACUGACAAGAUUGUUGUGUAUGCCAUGGUCACAUCAGCCAAGGCUGUUGAUAAUAGUCAUGCAAACAUUCAGUCUUGUUUUAAAGAGUUGUGUGAGGCUGCCAUUAAGAACCAAUGUCAGGCAAAGAAGGAAGGAUACCUUUUGCCCCAUCUUUUUUCCAAGACCAUUUCAUGGCCAGUCCUGUCCUCCAUUAUAGUGGAGUCAGCAGCUUGCUUUGGAGAGGAUCAUGAAAGUCGUCUGCUUGACCCACAAUCAGCGAUCAACUUCUUCUUGUCUCAAGACAAGUGGAAUGAGUGGAAGUUAGAAGAUGGUGCCAGUCAAUUAAUUGCAGGCAGUCAGUCGUUCUUGGGUUGUCUCAUUCAGACCCUAUGCCAAGGAAGCAUACCCUUGGGCCAUCUUAAGACAAUCUUUAAAUUUAAGACACAAUUUCAGCAGCUUUACAACCAGUAUAAGAACAACAACAAAGAAAUGAAUGUUUCAAUCAGUGUGUCAGAUCUACUCAGUCAAAGAGAAGAUGACUUGAAAGCCUUUGAACAACAGAAGGGGUACAUGACCAACCUUAUUAAUAUGCUGGGAAGGAUUUCUGAUGUCAUAAAUGUACCAGAGCUUUCAUCCCUUGAAAAAAUUGCCAAAACCAACCUGCAGGAGGUCGCACUGGACAAGCUGGUUGAAGUGGAAACAUAUUUUUCUAAAGACGAUCUUAAGAAAAACUACACAAGGCGAGUGUUAUUCUACAGUGAUAAUCAGCAAGUCCAAGACAUGGCACGGGAGAUGCAUGAUGUAAACUCCAGCAACCUCAUUCUAAGUUUCUGGCAAGAAAAGGCGAAAGAUAAUUUUAUGGCUGGUCCUGAGCUUUUGUCACUAGACCUUACAGAAAUCUAUGACGAUAUCUGGACACCAUGUCUCAAUAAAUUCCUCAACUUUGGUAAUCGGAUUGCUGUUGGACAAGCAUGCUUUAAAGAGGUCGACCAGGCUUUGCUAGGGUGUGGGGAUACAGGUGACGGAGAUCGUUUGAAGAAAGAGUUUAUGUUGAUGGCUCCUAUGCUGGAAGGCCAUAAUGAGAACUGGCCAGAGCAGCGUCUAAAGCAGAUUCGGGAAUACAGAUGCCUUUACGAUGCAGCAGAAUCUGCUGAGGUCAUACUGAAAUUGAAAGAUAGGUUAGGAUUACAAGGAGAUUUCAGCCAUAUACAUAGCCUGACUCAAGUGAGAGACGACUCAUUUAAACAAAACACUCUGGGUUCACUGAGUGAGGAUCUCAUUAAAGCAAGGCAAAAGCUGGCAGAUGUCGAACGUCGACACACAGCCUGUCUUGAGGCAUUCUUGAAAAGUGAUACACUGAUUAAAUGGGUCAAAGCAGAAAUUCCAAGUUUCAGGGAAUUGAAAGUCUUUAUGGAACUAGCCACAAUUUCUGCUGGAGAGAAUGAUGCAGACAUUGAUAGGCUGGCUAGUUUUGAGUCUGCUGUGAUGGGCUAUGCACCUUUGCUUUACUCACUACCACAAUAUGUAGGAUUUGAAGAGUUUUUUGACUAUGCUAAGCAAGUAUUGGACACCCUUAACAAAGACGAGAAACUUGGGGAUAAACUGGUAGACUCCAAUCGGUGGUUGGAUUGGCUUAAAGGUUUAAGGGAAACUCAUGGCUCUGUUGAACAAUCGUCUUUAUCUUUGGCCUCAGCUAUCAACACUGGAGGCGUGUACCAUGUAGGCUGGCCUGAUGAUUUUAAUGGGAAAACUGGUUUGGACAACAUCUUUUACGUGAAGGUGACCAAAAACAAUGAAGAAAAAGCGUAUAGUCUUAAUGAACUCUUAGAGCUGCAGAAUAAACUCAUGCUGAUGUCAUCUAAAGGAGAGCAUGGAAAGGAGCAAGUCAUCAAGUUUACUCAGGUUUUUGAAGGUAUCCAGAGGAUGGGCCGCAUCCUCCUGCAGUUGCACAAAUCGGGUAACAUGCUCUUCCGAAACUGGGCAGCACAGAUUAUGUGCAACCACCAAAAUCAACCCUGCAUUCAAGUGAGAUUUCCCUUGUUAAGUAAGUGUAUUGUAUAUCAGGGUGAAGUCGAGGAGGAGCUUCAGAAGCUGAGUCGCUCCCUGGAGGACUUCCAUAAAGAUUGGUGUAACCACUUAACUAAGAUGCGCUCCCAAUACUAUCCACUGAAUCAUUACUCUUCAGAGCAAAUUGUCUAUCUUUGUGAAUGGAUCAAUAGCAUUAACAUCAAAAAGAAACCUGUUCCACAACAAGUGUGGCACCUUUUGACUCCUAUCAAACCAGACUGCAUGUUAAAUGACAUCAGAGAGGCUUUUGAAAAAGCAACAGAGCCGGAAUCUAUGUUGCAAGAUGACAUGGCAGAGGAAUUAGAACCAAACACUGACUUUGACCUUCCUUUGAGCUUCAGUUUACUAGAUGUCAGCACCGAAUGCUUGGAGGACCUGUGGAAGCAAUUUAAGGAGAACAUGUCUAGAUUCCUUACCCACCAUGUAGAUGUUGAAACACUUGGACGAUUCCUUUCCAAUCUCUCCAACAUGAAUCAACUGCACAUCAAACGCAAGAUUCCUUCUAUUCUACAAGAAGGGAGGCCAAAUCUUGUCCAAUGCCCUGCUGCUGAAUUAAUUUGCACCACUCUUUCUUUUUACAUGGAGAGUCCAGAAAAUCCUCUUCCAACAACUGAUGAGGUAUUAAUGUGCCAGGAGGAAACAACUGAAGAGGAGGUGGAGAUAUUCCUUCGCAGAUGUCUUGGAGGUGCUGCAAGCAAUCAUAAGAAGAUCUACACUCUGGUCAAUCCAGGAUCACUGAGUUAUGAUGUGAGUGUGGCAUUGGUGGAAUACUUUGAGACACAAGAAGUGUGUGCUGGGCCUUAUUACCGUCUAGUGAUGGUCUGUCCUGUUAACCAGGAUAGAUAUAUUCCUUCGUUCUUUAGCAACUAUAAGGUGCAAACUGGUCUAACUAUAUCUGCAGAAAGAAGUAAAAAGUACAUUCGUCAUCACUUUCAAAUAUCUCACGAGCUUGCCACCCACUCAAAUGUGUAUCCGGAAGGGUUGUCUGUCUGGAUGAUUGCAUCAAAGCGUCCAGCUGUUGGAAAAUCCCUGUAUGUGAGACGCCUUUUUGAGAAGUUCAAAGGGGAGUUUCCAACAGCCACACUUCUAACAAUCAGGCUCAUCGAGCCUUACAUCAACAUGGAUGGAUUUGUCCAAACUCUGUCUGAGAAACUGGCUCCACUGAGACAGCAGGACCCUGUGCUGUUACACAUUGACGUUGCAGCUGUAUAUCAUGGCUUGGAGGAAUUCCUGUUCAAAUUGCUCAUUCUAGAAUGCAUUAGUGACAGCAAGGGAACUAUAUGGAGGAGAAAUACAGCUUAUUUGGUGGUGAUUGAAACACUUCAGCGAGGUCACAAGAGUCAAACCCAAAUGGAGCCUUCUCAUGGGUUUUUGAAUACAUUACCUACUAUCUUCUGCAGGCCCCCUAAAGAUAUCAAAGAGAUCAUGAGAAAAAAAGAGAGCUUUAGAUCCUUGGAUCCACUGAUGGAUAAAGAAGAGUUUAAAAGUGAAGACAUUCAGAGACCCUACCAAUACCUCAGGCGGUUCAACAGAAAUAUGAACUUGGAUAGAUUUACAUAUCAAGCUCUUUCUGUAGAAGGUGAUCCAGUUGAUUGUCUCCAUCAUCUUUUGUCAAACUAUGGCUUGAAGGACCCAUCUUGGGCUGAACUUAAGCACUUUACUUGGUUUCUUAACCUGCAGCUUAAAGACUGUGAGAAAUCUUUGUUCUGUGAUUCAGACUUUUGUGGGGAGACUUUAAGUGGCUUCAAAGACUUCAUAGUGAAAUUCAUGAUUCACAUGGCUCGAGAUUUUGCCUCACCUUCCAUUGACAUCUACCAGAGCCCCUCGUUUUUCUCUAAGAAUGAAGAUGAGGAAGAAAUCCUAUCUUUCCGAAAACGAUGGGAAAAUGAAUCUCACCCGUACAUAUUUUUCAAUGCAGAUCAUAUAAGCAUGUCGUUCUUAGGAUUUCAUGUGAAACAAAAUGGGAAAAUUCUUAAUGCGGUUGAUUCAAAAAGUGGCAAAGUGCUAAUGGGAAAUGUGAUGACACAAGAGCUAUUUUCAGACAUUCAACGACAAAUGAUCAAUCUGUCUAAGGACUUUGAUGACCUGACCAGAGAGGACAAGUUACAAAAAAUGUCCUUUGUUGUUGGUGCCAAAAAAGGAUGUGAAAAAGGCAAGUUUGAUCCAGACCCUACAUAUGAAUUAACCACUGACAAUGUCAUGAAGAUGCUGGCUAUACAUAUGAGAUUCAGAUGUGAAAUUCCUGUUAUCAUCAUGGGGGAAACUGGCUGUGGAAAGACUCGGCUUGUGCGCUUUCUAUGUGAUCUACAACGCGAAGGCAGAGAUGUCGAAAACAUGAAGCUAGUCAAAGUUCAUGGAGGUACAACUUCAGAGACCAUCUAUAAGAAGGUUCGGGAAGCAGAGGAACUUGCUCAGAAUAAUCUUCAAAAAUAUAAACUUGACACAGUUUUGUUUUUUGAUGAAGCCAACACAACCGAAGCAAUCUUUGCUAUCAAAGAAGUACUAUGUGACAAAACUGUAAAAGGAUACCCUUUGAAGAAAAACUCUGGUCUGAAAAUAAUUGCUGCCUGCAAUCCAUACAGAAGACACACAGAAAAGAUGGUUGAUCGCUUAGAGCGAGCCGGUCUAGGAUACAGAGUAAAAGCUGAGGAAACUGAGGAUCGCCUUGGUAAAGUCCCCAUGAGACAGCUUGUGUACCGUGUGCACCCUUUACCCCCGAGCAUGGUGCCUCUGGUGUGGGAUUUUGGACAAUUAAGCGAUUCAACUGAACUCUCUUAUAUUCAACAGAUUGUGAAAAAAAAGAUGAGAGAUCAUAGAUUGCCCCUUUCAUGCCAGAAUGUGAUCACAAAAGUUUUGGCUGCAUCUCAGAAAUACAUGCGCAACCAAGCAGAUGAAUGCAGCUUUGUAAGCCUUAGAGAUGUGGAGAGAUCAAUGGGUGUCCUUGUUUGGUUUUACAUCCACAAAGACAUAUUUUUUUCAUCCCAAGACUUUCCAAGAUUUGAAAUUGAGCAGAUGGUCUUGAAAUGCUUGGUGCUUGCCGUUGGUGUUUGCUAUUACCCAUCUCUUGAAAACAAAAGACCAUACCUAGCGACUAUCAGCAAAUGCUUUCCUGAUAGGUUCAACUCUGCAGAGUUUCUGGUGCAGGAGAUAGCUUCAUGUCAAGACUUUUUACUUAAGAACAUUCAGACAAGAGAAACGAUUGCCAAAAAUAUGGCUUUGAAAGAGAAUGUGUUCCUCAUGGUGGUCUGCAUUGAGUUGAGGAUUCCACUCUUUCUGGUUGGCAAACCUGGGAGCUCUAAAUCUCUUGCUAAGACUGUCAUAGCAGAUGCAAUGCAACGCCAGGCUUCACACUGUGAUUUAUUCAAGAAACUCAAGGAGGUUCACAUGGUGUCUUUUCAAUGCAGUCCUCACUCAAGCCCUGACGGAAUCAUUGGAACCUUCCGGAACUGUGCUCGUUUCCAAAAGGAUAAGAACUUGGAUGAGUAUGUGUCAGUAGUCGUACUGGAUGAAAUAGGACUUGCAGAGGACUCGCCACAGAUGCCACUGAAGACAUUGCAUCCUCUACUUGAGGAUGGAUGCAUAGACAGUGACAACCCAGAGUCAUACAUGAAAGUUGGGUUUGUUGGAAUCUCAAACUGGGCUCUCGAUCCAGCAAAAAUGAACAGAGGUAUUUUUGUGUCACGUUGGGACCCAAGUGAAAAAGACUUAGUAGAGACAGCCGAAGGCAUCUGCUCAUCCUCCCAACCUGUUCUUCUCAAAAUAAAGCACCUCCUGCCAAAGCUGGCAAAAGGUUUUCUGAGCAUCUGUAAAACGGACAGUGAACAAUUCUUUGGACUCAGAGAUUAUUAUGGCUUAAUAAAAAUGCUUUUUGACACAGUCAGGUGUUCAGAUCAGGAGCCAUGUGACAGCGAGUUGGCAGAGGCUGUGUUGAGAAACUUCAGUGGACAAAGGGAUGGAUUUGAUCCACUUGAUUUCUUCAAGGACAUCUUCCAAAACAUGCAAAAUGUCCAAAGGCCAAACACAUUGAACAUGAUUGAACAGAAUCUCGACCACCACAGUGACAAAGAAUGUCGAUACCUUCUUUUGCUCACAACUAACAAUGCUGCCUUGUACAUAAUCCAACACCAUAUUUUCUCACAGGAGAAUUAUACCCAGAAAUGCCCAGAAAUUGUCUUUGGAUCAGGGUUUCCCAAAGAUCAGGAGUAUGCCCAGAUAUGUCGCAAUGUGAGCAGAAUCAAGGCGUGCAUGGAGACAGGUCGAACUGUAAUCCUGUUGAAUCUCCUUAAUCUCUAUGAGAGCUUGUAUGAUGCCUUGAAUCAAUACUAUGUCUACUUCAGUGGGCAGCAGUAUGUUGACUUGGGACUAGGUUCACAUAGAGUAAAAUGUCGAGUUCACAGAGACUUCAGACUUGUUGUGGUGGAGGACCAGGAAAAGGUAUACAAAAAGUUUCCUGUUCCUCUUAAGAACAGACUGGAAAAACACAAAGUUGAUAGGAGUACAGAUUUGGCUCUUUGGCAACACAGAGUUUUGGGAAAACUCAAAAUGUGGGCGCAGGAGUUCUCAAAAAUCCAGAAUUCUGAGUCAACUGAAGCAUAUUUUAGCUUAACCGAUGCAUUUGUUGGCUUCCAUGGUGAUGCUUGUGCCAGUGCAAUCCUGCAGGCUUUAGAUAAAAUUGGCAAAUUGCAUCAUACUAAAGAAGAAAGUGAAGAGGAAAGUGAAGCACAUCACAUUAAUGGAGAAAUUACAGAGUUUCAAGAGGAAGUUAACAAAUUCCCUGAUGAGGCACAAGAAGAUGAUGCUUCUAUGGAAGUUGACAAUGUACAAGAUGCAGAGAUUGAUGAAGAAAUGGAGACUCUUGGAGUUGAUUCUGAUCUUGUGAAAAUGGUUGAAGGUCUUGUUUCUGUUGAGACGAGAGACAAAAUUGAGUCAAAUAAAACCAUGAAUGAGGAAGAGGUCUAUGAAACUGCCAAAAGCUUUCUCUUGAAUUGUUCUACACCAGACUCUGUACUUAGGUUGAAGUAUUCAGAAUUUGGAAAUCAGGAGACAGAAGAACUUCAGAAAAAGUAUUUCCAUCUGCAAAGCCAUCAGUCUCUUAGAGACCUGUUAAACAACCAUCUGAAGAAAACUAAUCAGGACAAGAACAGAUUCUUAGAGGUUACAACAUUCUCCAAUCUUCUCACUGGAGCUGAUGUGAGAAACCUUGCUCCAGCCUUGGGCUUGUCCACUGAGCGUUUUCUUCUGCUCUCUUUACACCAGUUUGACACAGAAGCUUCAUUCUGCAACAAGAUACAGUCCUUCCUGAGGGAAUCAGGGCCCUCACUGCACAUUCUUCUGAUUCAGAUGGACAUGGAAGAGUCACUGUGCAAAAAUGAACUUAUUGCUUCAGCAAAGUACUGUACCAUGAAUGAAAUAUUGCACUUAAAAUCAGAUGAGUGCAAUAUCUAUACUGUGUUCAUUACAAAACUCUCCCGAAUUGGAGAGCAAUGUACUUCAAUUACUGGCGACAAGUACAUUGGCUUUCAAGGAGGAGUUUGGCUGUCUGCACAUAUUGAUGACCUUAGAGAUUCUGAUGACUUGUGCUUAAACCUUAAGGCUUUUUGUGGAAUACCUAUAAGUCAACUAAUUUCACAGACAAUCGAGUCAGAUGUCAAAGAGUCAGAUGAAAUGGAUACAAAUAGACAACAAAGUGAGAAGGGUGAUUCAGUGCAUCUGCACAGUUUGUCCCUAUUGAGAUCCUGUACCCAGAAAGCUGUUUCAUUGCUUAGAGAUACAGAUGAAAAGACCUCCAGGAGUAUGGAGCGCAUGAACAUAUUGCUUGGGCUUUUGGGAUGUGACCCUGGGCGGACAGGAGCACGUUUCCAACAAGUGUUGCUAAAGAGACUGGUAUUUGCACUGAUUCAGAAGGAAGAACUGAUUCCUAAUGCAAAAGACUGGGUUUAUAAAGUGGCAAAGAAUCAUGAAGCUCUGCAAGAAUGUGGAACACUUCGCCACACUUUGUGGCGCUACCUACAGGAUUUUUUGACCCCAGUGUUGGCUCAAGUGUUGGAAGUGAUAGACAGAGAUUGCAACUUGUACCAACUGUAUGGUGAAGGUCUCAGUGAGGGUCUGGCCCAAUUCUGGCUGGAUAUCUUUGAAGAUCAACAACUCCUUGACCUAAUUCCAUCACAAAAUACAAGAGUUCCUGACCAGGAGAUUAAUGUGCAGUGUCACCUUUUUGUUGGAGAAGUUGAACGACCUUGCACUGCUCCUUUCAGCUGGCUAAUAAGAACAUACUGUCAGAGUUUAUGGGAGGAAUCUGAGUUUGUGCGAGGCUCUGAGCAAGACAUUAAAGCCAGGAUUCAACAGUUUGUUAGCGCUGUAUCAGGCAGUAGACUGGGCAGCUAUAUUCAGAAACUCUCAGAUGUGGACAAUGUAGAGUUGGGUCAACGCUACUUGACCGAUUAUGUUCUUCUAGCAUUCAAAGUCAACUCUGAGGAAGAACAUUGGGUAUUUCAUUCAGCAGUACUAGGUUGCGUGUUUACUCUGCAGACAAUGAUGUCAGUAUCUCCUGAACUCUCUCCAUCAUGGAUCCAUGCAGCAGCCCAAAUCUACACCCUACGCAUGGACACAUUAUCACAUGUCCUUCAGCUUAACCCUCAGCUGGUCCGUUUGAUCCAGCAAGAAAGGCCAAAGAGUGAAAGCCAUGAUAUGUGUGAGGACAUUCUUGCUGUUGGCAUCUGUGUUGAAGAAACAAAGCUCCUACCUGUAACAUCACUAACUGAAUGCUUGACCUUCUUGCAAAGAGUUGAACAGCUUCAACCAUGUAUAGAGAGAGUGCUCAGUCCAGACUACAGCACCCUCUGCAGCCCUGGCUGUCUUAAAUACCUGGAGACUAUACAGUCAGUGUGGCAGGGUAUACUGCUAGUGGCUGUUUUUAUUGAAAAGGUUGUCAUCAAGAUGAAAAAAGGAGAUGAACGGAUAAAAGCACUAACUCUGAAACACUGCAGUCAGUUACAUGGGCUAGUGGAAGGGUCUCCUGAUUUCAGGAGCAGAGACAAUCUUCAGCAAAUCAUUCGCAUACUCAAUGAUUACCAUGAGGAGUCCAUCAGCAGCGAACUGCGAUAUGGUGUGAAGUGCCCCGUGUGUCUGAUGGAGCUGUCAGAGCCCAUUGCUCUUCCUUGUGAGCAUGUGUUUUGUCAGUCCUGUCUGAGGAGGUCCACAGAGAGAGAAGAAGCACAGUACUGUCCCGUGUGCAGAAAACCUCUGUCAAACAAUUACCAACCAACUGUCUCCACAACCUUCAACUUUGCCCUGAAACAACAUAAGGAGAUAAUAAAAUGCUGUAACACAUUUUUCCUGGAAGUGGUUUCUCGCUUUUGUUUGACUGAUGAUCAAGAUCCUCCAGAUGAUCUGGUGGAACUGCUUUUCUCUCUUCUCAUCUCGGCACAAGGAGAUGUUUAUAAGACCAGAGAGCUUACCCCAUUCCUGGAAUGUGUUGACCAGAGCCCCGUGGUGCGAUCUGUGCUACCUAAACUUCUUAUGCAAUACAGUUUGAAACAGGUGAAGAAGCAUAUUCAGAGUUACCUGGAAGACCUGGAAAACAAGCUUCUGGACGAAGAAGACAGAACUGAACUUUACAGACUCUUUGUUAACUGUUUCCAGGAUAUACUGUUGUGUUCUGAUUCGAAUGAAGAUCAUAAACGUCUAAGGGAAAACACAAACUUCCUUAGCCGCCUGGCUCGUAAGCAGACUCCUUCCAGACAGAAUGACCCUGCUGAGUUUCUGAUGUCAAUGGCUCGCCUCAGAAUGUGUCUGGACUCUGCUGCCUGUAUCCUGUCCAAAACUAUCUGCCAAAAGAACAAUUUUGUGGAAGCAGAGCACAAGUUUAUGGAGCAGGUGAAGGCUGUGUGUGAUUACCGUGACAAUGACUGGUACAGAGUUUACCUUCUCCGAGCUCUAAACAGGCAGGCUGGCAUGGAUUUUCUGCAAGCACUGAUCAACAGCACUGAUUAUGAAUGGAUCUUCCCUGCAGAGAUGAUGCGCCUUCAUAGGUUGAUUCCAGCAGAGGUGGAUCGUUUUUUGUGUUGUGGUCAGUCAUACCGUGCUCUUAGAGAUGGUGUGGGAGAAGCAAUGCAAGUGGGGACGACUGAUAGACUGAAACAGGUACAGGCAUCAGUUGGUUCGGGUCCUUUGAAAAAUGCCCUGCUGACACUAGCUGUGUUCAGGCAGGUCACCUGUCGCUUCAUGUCACCUGAAAGAACUAUACAUCCUCAAGAACAGCAAAUCAGCAUCUUGGAAAAAGUUAUUAGAGACAACAUGUCAGGACAUGUCAGAGAGUUUUGCACUGCUCUCUUAUCCAAUCACAUUGGAGGUCCAGGAUCUAACCUGCAUCUUGGUACUAGUGUACCUGCUCAGCGUCGUCCAGUGCUGGAACUCCUGGUGCAUGCAUGCACAGUGUUUUACAGCAGGAACAGACUGACCAGUCCUCUCUUCAACAUUGCCUCUCAGCCUCAAAACAUGACAAAAGCCUUCUUACCCACAAUGCCUGAUGACCAUACCAGUGAGGCCCAGCGGUGGUUCCCAGGAGAAAAAACAAAGUUUUACUUUUGUUCUAAUGGUCAUCCAUGCAUUGUGGGAGAGUGUGGCAAACCAAUGGCUUUGGCAAGGUGUGACACUUGUGGAGUCCAAAUAGGAGGUGAGAGACAUGUACCAGUGCCAGGUUUUACUGAAGCCCAUGGAAUCUAUGAUAUGACAAGACCUGGACACAUACUGGGACAAGCCAGAACCCGGUCUGAAGCCCCAAACAGGGAUCUCCCACUUGCACAGUCCUGUGUCCUCCGUCUGUGUCUUCAUCUGGCCAUGCUGCAAGGGUUUAUUCACUACCAACAGGGCAUUAGAGAUAUGAUCCAUCCAAAUGUGUCUGAUGUCUAUGAGUUCCUCUGGCAACAUCUUGAGAAGGACAUGGAGGUUCUUGGGAAGACUUUAAAUCUUAACGUUGAUGACUCUGCCAUCGUAAUUCAUCUGAUCUUCAGCAGGUUUCUUCAGACCACCUCAGUUGCCAACUUUGAUCUUUCAACACGCAAGUCCAGAGAGCAGUGGGAGACUACAGUCUGUAAAACGGUCAUCAGUCCUGUCUUGCAGAAUUUGGACAGGGAAUUAAACAGUGCACAGGAUCUGAUUGCAGCAGAUAACAAACUUUCUAACAGUCCCCUAAUGAAGGUGCUGAAAGGAGAUCCUCAAAAAAUGCUUCAACUCUCCACUAACUGUCCCACCGAGCACUCGGCCUUCUGGAGCCCAUCAUCUGUCCUUACGGUGGAAAGCAUCUCUCAGCAAAUAGACCAGACUCAAGCACCUCUGCUCACGCUUUUUGUCCAAAAGGUGCAUUAUAUAAGACAGCUGGACUGUUUACCUGCUCUUGCAGCCCUGUUGUCUGAUCUAAUGAAAGUGCUUCCUCCAGGCUCUGAGACCCAGAACCACACCAUCGCCUCACUGCUGCACUGUAUUCCUGCAGGCCACCAGAAGAAACUAUUGUCAGAAAGAGUCGAGAUAUUCAUGAAAGUGUGGAACCAACUCAGAAUGGAAAUAUCUAGUAACGCUUCUUUGGGUUUGGAUUCUACAUAUUGUGAAAAAGACAUAACUAGCGAAAGCUCUGGCCAGUUUCUUUUCCCAAGUCGUAAAGGACCAGGUUCAUGUCUCCAUGCACUCAUACAUGUCCUCUCUGAGACCCACAACAGUCUUGUGCGGGAAGCCAGAAAACUCUGUCAGCAGGCAGACAGUGACUAUAAAGUGCCAUUGGCUGCUCUAUCUAAGAGCCAGCUUGCCCUGUGCCACCCAGAGAGAGAGUUUCUCCCCCUGGUGUUAGCAAACUGCCAUUACACACUAGAGAAGGGUCAGCAGACAGUGAGCUCUUAUGAUCAUCAGGGUAUCGAGAGAGAGCUCAGCAGACGAUUCUUUGCAGGCAAACCACGCAUUCAAGGAGACAGUGAAAAAUAUCUGAGAAGACACCAUCAGAAUUUUAAAGAAGUCCUCAACGAGGUCAGAGCCAAAAUACCUCAGAAACCACUAAAGGGCUCUGUGCUCAGCUCUAUGAGAUCAAUGCUGCGUUCAUUCACUGAUGUGUGUGAUGCAGUUUAUGCCGUGGAGAUUGGGCUUCGUUUCCUGGGUAAAACUGGAGGUGACCCUCAAGCUCUUCUGCUGUCCUAUUUAAUAGACUCCUUGAAAAUGGACCAACACAUCUCAAGCAAAAUAGCUGAGGCUUUAAAAGAGAACCGGCUUAGUCAGUGCGCAGCCACCUGGCAGCUCCUUACCUGCUGGAAGAGCGAACAGAUGAUGAGGAAAGGACAGGAUCCAUUCCAACGACUGUUUAAAGAGUUCAGAGAUGAGCUGACUUCAGAGGAAAGAAAGCAUGUGAAGGUUUUCCUGGGGCUCACAGAUGUUGAUAUUUUCUCUUUGGAGCUUCAUGAGAUCCUUCAGCUAAGGACCAUCAGCACUGUGCCGGAAGGCUUCGCUCCACACUGGGACAUCAGGUAUACCAUGGAGCUUCAUUUGGAGGAGAAGGACAUCACUUCUUUUCCAGGUCUAGACAGUCUUCCGGAGGAAAUUACUUUGGCUAAAGCUGCGGAAAUCUGGAGGCUUGCAGUGCAGUUCAAACACUGAGAUAUACUUGAGCUUAAAUUAAUUAUGCUAAUGUGAUGUUGCCUUAAAAUUAUAGUUUUAUGAAUGAGCACAGUAGAUUUUCCUUGUUUGUUUUUUAUUGUAAAUCCAGUAAUAAUCCAAAAUAAUGUAAGUAUUUAGGACUUCAGAUUUGUCCUUAAAUUGUUGAGCACUUUAUUGUUUGAAGACUUGCAUGAAUAGUUGAUUUAGGGAUUAUUGAUAAUUAAUUGAACAAUACUGUAAUAUUGUAAUGCUUUGUGUCAUUUAAUAUGCUCCAUUCCAUUUUUUUUUUCAAUAAUCAGGGCCAAAUAAAGUUGUACGAUUGAUUAA